AUGUGCAGUUGUGUUUGGCUUUUCAGAGAGUUUGUUUUGCAAGUGGCGAAGAACUCGGUGAUGCGGAGAGGCCAGAAGCCCGUGAGCGAGCGGCAGGUGCUGCUGCUGCUGCAGCGGGAGGAGCAGCAGCAGCAGCAGGUGCGGGCGCUGCGGCAGCAGCUGCUGCAGCAGCAGUUCCAGCAGCAGCUGCAGCAGGCGCAGCGAGCAGCAAACGGAGACUGGGACGAAGACUGCUGCAGCCCGCUGCAGGCCAUGGACUUCGAGCAGCUCAAAAUGGAAAACCAAACUCUCAACGAGAAGCUCGUGCUGCGCCAAGAGGAAGCAAAAAAGCUGCAAAGCCUCACCAAAAAGGCCGCGCAGCUGAUAACGCACUGGCGGGAGAAGCUGGCGUUUGAGGAGCGGCGGAACGCAGCAGCAGCAGCAGAGCUGCAGCAGCUGGAGCAGCAGCUAGCCAGCGAGCGGCAGCUAGCUGCGCUGCUGCAGCGCGAAAGGGCUGGCUGCCGGCUAGCCAACGAGCGGCUGAAGUCCAGGGCCGAGUUGGUCAACUCCGAGCUGCUGGCAGCAGACUGGGAGGCCACGCAGGAGAAGCUCCGCGACACCAAGGCCCAGAUCGCGGCGCUGCGGGAGCGGUACGCGCAGCUGACUUCGUUUGUGGCGGACUCCGUUCGGCAGCGAGACCGGCGGAAGUCGCGGCUGACUGCAGCAGCUUCGAAGCUGCUGCUGCGGCAUUUAAAUAGCACAGAAACUUCUUUUCUGCAAACUCAAGAAAGCUCCGAAAGUUCAGAAGUGACGGCGGCCGCUGCUGGCCAGUGCUGA